CUAGUCUGUGUUGUGUGCUGUAACAAAUGGAAUGUUUCUUCAAAUGUCUGCUGUAAAUGUAAUGUUAAUACUCUGUACUAAAUCAAUUUCUUAGAAAAACAUUAAGUUCUGUUUAAUAACAUUGAAGUAACAUAACUUUUACAUAAGUUCAAAUCCAGGCAUGUCAUAUUUGAACAAAACACAGGGCCUUAAACAUAGCACUUGAUCUUUAACAUCCAUAACAAUCCAGAGCUGGGCUAUUUUUUUUGUAACGGGAGUAGGAUUCCCAGUGAUGUGGUAUAAUUUGGAAAACUGAUUUUAACCAAUUGAGAUCUACCACCAUGACAUUUCUACCUCUUCUUGUAUUGUUAUUAAAAUAUGUAUAUUCCAGUGAAAGUUUACCCUUUUGUUGUUUUUUGCUGCAUAGUGAAAGCUAUAAUUAUAUCACACAUUGUUACAUGCCACUGAACAGACACUUCAAAUUAAGCUAAAUCAGUUUAAAGUUACUAAUCUCUUAAUUUGGUAUAUGAAGCCCUGUUACAAGGGCAUCCUAUUUUAUCACAAUGAUUUAAAGGGAUACUGCGAGAUUCUGUUUUUCUACCGCGUCCAAUGAACUUGUGGAUACCAUUUUUAUGUCUCUGUGUGAAGUAUGAAGGAAGUUUGGAGCUAGUUUCGCUAGCCAAUGCUAAUUAGCGUAAGCGCAAUGACGAAGUCUUCAGGUACGCUAGCGUAUGAUGCGUAAAGGACUCGCCCUUUAAAUCUUUACUUCAAAUAUGCUCAUGCUUCCCCUAGAAGCUAGUAGUUGCCAUUCACUGUUGAUAACUCCUGAUGCUUAAAGAAGCUUUCUUCCAACUUUCAAAUAUUCCGUGAUUCUUCUCUUGCCUGUGGCCCAAUUAUUCACAACUGCCCAAAUUUAUCCCCCAGUGUAUUUUUCCCCUCCUUUUUUUUUGUUAUCAGCUUUAUUUUGAAAUGUAAUAGAUUGAAGCUCCUUUUUUCACUUAGUCAGUGUAUUCUGACAUAAUACAUAGACUACUGCAUUAUGCUAUUCUACCUAUUUCCUAGCUGGGAUAAUAAAGUCACCUACCUACUACUACCAUUAUGAUUCAGUAUUUUCUGCUUUAUUCGGGGGGAAUUUCACUUUUCUUAAAGUCAAACGAUCACAGUUCGGCCAUGCUGUCUUUUUUUUCUUCAGUAAAAAGGUGAGAUGCGAAAUAAUCCUGUAUUAAUUAGACCCAACCCACCUCUACUAAUGAUUUCUUUGCAUGUCCACUAAAUUAGAACUUCAAACUAAAGGCCCAAUGGAUAUUUCCUUGUACUUUGAAUAUGAGAUGGUUUCUCGUAAUAAUUCAGUUUUCUUUGCAAGAUCCUCAAUCUUCGCUUUGUUUUCACUUGUUGGUCAUGAACUGACAUCUUCGGUCGGAACCUGCCUCUAUUUUGUCUUGGCUUAAAUGAAUGCGUAAAUAGAUUUUAAGAACUCUUUUUAUUAUUCUCGUUCUUAUUAAAAUUAUUUUUCUAAUUUUUGUGAUUUCCUCUCUUCCUUGGUGAAUCUCUGCUGGUCAUGUGUGGAAGUUUGAGGCCGGGUGCAUGCAGAGGAAGCACAUUUAGAAUAUUUUGUGCAGUUUAACUCCAUGCAUGAUUACUAUUGUUGGAGUUUUGUGUUUCGUUACAAAUAAAGGAGCAGUAGUUUAGAUGCAACUAAUAGUUCAUCAAUAUCAGUUGGCCAAAAGUGGAUUAUGAGAUUAACUCAUGCCAGCGUGUGCUCAAAUUGAUUCCUGUGAACCCCCUAGUGGGCAGUUGAAGUAGUUUAGCCUAGCUUGACAGUAAAAUAAUAAUAAAUCAAAUUAAUGUCACCAAUUUAUUGUCUAUCUAUUCUAAUGAACAUAGUGUAAUCCCAAAAGUAGAUCACAAUCCAUGGGUUGUAUGAACAAUUUUGAUUUUUCAGAUAUAAAUAACGACUUUACAUUAUCCAUGCUAAAAUUAGAAUUUAUACUGAUCUGUCAUGAUUAACAGACAUUUUGUAACAUUCCAUUUGCUUAGCUUUCACCUGUAUUUCCUGUUUUGUCUUUGUUGUUUUCAAAUUAUUCAGCUGUAAAAUUUGUUGAAUGCUUGCUAUUAAAUUGCACAAUGCUGUGUUCAUGUGCUCUCGGAAUCAUCGGAAAUAUGGGACUGGGAUACCCCCGGAAAGCUCCCAGAAUUUACGUAAUUACGAGUUUCCGACAUCCAAAACCAAUCAUAACGGGCGCCCAAGUAUGAAAUAGCCGUUGUACUCCUGAUGUUUCCCCGUUCUGUUAGUUUUGAGUUUCCUACUUCAGGUGAACGAAGCAUAAUAAUAUUUGACUUUAGAUUUAUCGUUAAAACACUUGUGAGAAUCAUAGAUUUCUAAAGGUUUUAAAUUAUUGCUUUUGUGGAAAUUUGAACAGCUGACUUGCAUUACUUUUAGUAUUCCAUUCCUCAAAAAUAUUAACAUAAUUGUCUAACGUUCAUAUUUGAAAAUCAUGUCUGCAUAUUACACGUGUAUGGUUAGUAAGCAUUCAGCCCUUAAUGCUCUUUAUAUAAACAUUCUGGAUUUUUGGGGUUUUAUUUGAAUUGCGAUAUUUGUCACUGCAUACUGCUAUGAUACAGACAUUUUAACUUUGGGUUUCAUUACCAACUCGACUUUCAGCUAGCUAUUGAGCAUUGGAAUCGGAAUCUUUUGUGGUGUUGUUGAAGCUCUUUUCGCAGGCUAAUUCCAAUUGAUGGGAUAGGACAAAAGUGAGGUCUUAAUUAAAUGUAAUUGGGGUUUUCGACUCAUUUUCUUUUUCUUAAUUCCAUUAAAGACCCCAUUCUACUGGACAUUGAAGUGGAGACAGCUGCUUUGUCAUCAAGAUGGCGGCGUUGAUUUGGGAGCUAAUUGGAUUUUUGAAAAGCUGACUGGAUUUUUCAGGAUUUUAUUUUACUGGAUAAGAUGCAUCAAUUGGAAUUACAUCAAACUUUGACAUGGACUCUUGUGCUUUGGAUGUGCUGGCAAUUCUUUGGACUCAAUUGUUUGAAUAUUGUAAUGGUUUCCUUUACUGAGUUCAGUUACACUACUUCUGUGAUUUCCUAAUAGGAUGUUAUUUAUGUUAAAUAAAACAUUGCAAUUUUCACUAUUCUGACUUUCUUUCAUUGAUCAAUAUGCUACCCAAGAAUGUUUCAGGACUAUUUGUCUUUUUGCUAAAUGUGAAAAUUCUCUCCAACUGAAUCAAUUUUACUCAAAUGUAAUCCAGUUUCUGGUAUUUUCUUGGGCUUCCGAUUUACUCCUGUUUACUGGAAGGUAUGAUACGUUUGCCUUGUACAAUCUAAAUUGACAUUUAAUAGUGCUAGCUAAAUUAGGCCUACUAACUUUAAAUAAGAUCUGGGGAAUUGGAGGGUAAACGCAAGUAAUACUUUACACAACUUUUUAUUUUGAACUUUUACACCUAUUACGCUAAAGUUGUUUUGCUCAAGUGUUUACGCUACUUGUCUCCAUUACGAGCAAUACUUAAUGUAGCAACUUUAUAAAAUUAUUUAUAUCCCGGGUUAAUUUAAUUGACCAGUUUAUUACUUCCUACACUUUUUGUAGGAUUGUUCUGUAUUCACAAUCCGACUCGUAAUUGGCGCAAACAUUUAUUUUUUAAGUAAGUCAAAUGAAAGGGUAUGGCUUCUAGUGAUCAACACAUUCCAUGGUGAAUGAAGGGGCUGGCUAAUCCAUACAGUAAUACUCUGCAUUUCUACAUAGCUCUACAUAAUACACAGUUGAAACAGCUUUUGGCAAAAACUGAAAUGGUGGCCAAGGCUCUGCCUCUAAAAUGGCUCCUGAAGUCAUACUUCCUGUCUGAGCAGGAAGUGAUGGGUCUUAGUGUUUAAUUCUUUUUGUACAAAUAUUACCCUUAUUGAUAAAAUAUAUGGAUAUGACUUUGGCAAAGGCUAUCCUCUUAAAGUGAUGCAACUAUUUAUGAAAUAAAAAUGUAAUAUAGGUUUGCCGUUUUUAUACAAAAUAAAGGGGGUGGGACUUUGGGACAUCACCUGAGUGUGGGGUAAAUGGAAAUAACGUCAAUCAAAGGCAAAGCUUUCAGAGCUAGGAAGGAGCUCUAGAUGGCGGAUGAGCCUUGGGAAGGGGAACAAUUCAUUGGGCUUUCGUCAGCCCUUUUUCUUUUUCAUGAAAUCAAGCUGGAAUAUGCCGCUCUAUCAAUAUUUUUUUUAUUUAAAAUAAAAACUAGUACUAUAGUGAACAGUAGAUUAGGUUUACUGCUUUUAUUCGUUUUUCGUCGUGUAUAUCGGUUUUACUGAGAGUAUGCGCGUGUCGUUGUCUUCUCUGCCUAGGUCUGGCAGCCAUGGCGCGCCUCCAUUUUUCGUGUGCUCUGAGAAGAGCUCUAGCCUUUCGUCUCACGAUCACUUGUGUUGACGCUUCAAUAUCCUAUUAAUGUCUUUUCCCCUAAUGUUUAUUUUCAUUCAAGCUUUUUUUUAAUAUACCUUUUUUGGGGGUAAUGAGUAUUAUAUAGUCUAUAACCUACUUUGCGGAUGUGAAUCUAAUACUUCAUUAUACCUUACUGUACAUGGAAUAGCAAAUACCAGCACAUAAGACCAUCAAAUCCAACGUUUUCAAGAUAAAACUAUGAUGAAGAAUAAGAAUAAAAAGCAAGAAGAUGAAGGUUCGACUCAAAGCAAUGCAUCAAGCAAUUCGGCCUCAGAAGAAUCGAACCACUCUGGGUUGGAGUCCGGGAGUCAGUCGGAGAGUGAGCAGGGCAGGGAGAGGAGAAGAUUGCACCACUCAGGAGAGUCCAACAGCUCUUCUGAAUCUGGGAGCCAGUCCGGGUCUGAGAGUGAAUCCCAGCAGGCCUCUGCAGAGGUCAAGGACAGACAACCAGUUAAAAAGAAAGACAAUCUGUCAGAUGUGAAGAAGAUGUGGGAAGAGCAUCCAGAUGUCUAUGGGGUCAGGCGAUCAAAUCGCAGUAGACAAGAACCUGCUCGUCUCAAUAUUGGAGCUGGGGGUAGCAGUGACUCCGAAGGUGAAAGUCCUAAAAGAAAAGCACCACGACAGAAGAAGAAAGAAAAUACCUGGAAAAGUGAUGAAUCGGAUGAUGAUGAUGAUGAUGAUGAGGAGGAUGCCAGCAGUGCAGACAGUGAGCAGGAAGAGAAAAAAGUUAGAUCCAGACGACUUCCUGCUAGAAGACCAAAGAACAAAUCAUCUACAGUCAAAAAACAGCAGCCUCCAAAGGGAAGGAAAACCAGGAAACAAGAGUCAUCUGUGGAGGAAGAUGAUGAUGACGACGACGAUGAUGAUGAUGAUGAUGAUGAUGACGAAGAUACCCCAAAGAGACAAACCCGGCGAAGGGUGUCUGCUAAAGUCAGUUACAAGGAGGACCAAAAUGACUUUGAGACUGACUCUGACGACCUGAUAGAGAUGGAGGGAGCUGAGGUGGAACCGGAAGAUGACAGCGAGACCAUUGAGAAGAUCAUGGAUACCAGGACAGGCAAAAAAGGAGCCUGCGGGGCUUCCACUACCCAGUAUGCUGUGGAGGAAAAUGGGGACCCAGGAGCCGACUUUGACCCAGAGAAGGAUGAGGGAGAGAUCCAUUACCUGAUCAAGUGGAAAGGCUGGUCCUACAUCCACAACACCUGGGAGAGCAUCGACUCCCUCACUCAACAGAAGGUCAAGGGACUCAAGAAACUAGAUAACUUCAAGAAGAAGAACGAUGAGCUCAGUGCUUGGUUGAGCAAAGCAUCCCCUGAGGAUUCAGAAUAUUACAACUGCCAGCAAGAGCUAACCACUGAUUUAAAUAAGCAGUUCCAUAUUCUGGAGAGAGUCAUUGCGACUAAAACCGGGAAGACACAGGGUCUCUCGGAUUUUCCUUCUCACAGCCACAAGAAUGGUGCUUCUUCCAAUGAGCCAGAGUACCUGUGUAAGUGGAUGGGCCUGCCUUAUUCAGAGUGCAGCUGGGAGGAUGGAGCUCUGCUGGGGAAGAAGUUCCAGCACUGUAUAGACGGCUUCACCAACAGGAACUCCAGUAAAACAGUCCCCUCCAAAGACUGCAAAGUGUUGAAACAGAGGCCCAGAUUUGUUGCACUAAAGAACCAGCCAUCGUAUAUUGGGGAUGAGAACCUGCAGCUGAGAGAUUACCAGUUAGAUGGACUGAACUGGCUGGCUCACUCCUGGUGCAGGUGCAAUAGUGUGAUCCUGGCUGAUGAGAUGGGUCUGGGGAAAACCAUCCAGACCAUCUCGUUCUUGUCCUACAUGUUCCACCAGCACCAGCUGUAUGGGCCCUCCCUGGUGGUGGUACCCCUAUCCACCCUCACCUCCUGGCAGAGAGAGUUUGACACCUGGGCCCCCGAUAUGAACGUGGUGGUCUACUUGGGAGACGUGAUGAGCAGGAAAUCGAUCCGUGACUAUGAGUGGGUAUGCCAUCAGACGAAGAGAAUAAAGUUCAAUGCACUUAUAACUACGUAUGAAAUUCUACUGAAAGACAAGGGGGUGUUGGGGAACAUAAACUGGGCUUUCUUGGGUGUGGACGAAGCUCACAGGCUAAAGAAUGACGACUCCCUGUUGUACAAAACCCUGAUCGAGUUCCGGUCCAACCACAGACUUCUAAUCACAGGGACCCCACUGCAGAACUCUCUCAAAGAGCUGUGGUCCCUUCUGCACUUCCUCAUGCCUGACAAGUUUGAAAAUUGGGAAGAUUUUGAAAGUGAGCAUGGUAAAGGGACUGACAAUGGCUACCAGAGCCUUCACAAAGUCCUUGAGCCCUUCCUCCUGAGGCGUGUAAAGAAGGAUGUGGAGAAAUCCCUGCCUGCCAAGGUAGAACAGAUCCUCCGUGUGGACAUGUCUGCUGUGCAGAAGCAGUACUACAAGUGGAUUCUGACCAGGAACUUCAGAGCCCUGCAGAAAGGCACCCGAGGCAGCUCCUCUGGCUUCCUCAACAUCGUCAUGGAGCUGAAGAAGUGCACUAACCAUGGUUUCCUCAUCAAACAGCCUGAGGAAGAGUGUGACACUCCACAGGAGCACCUGCAGGCGUUGGUGAGGGGCAGUGGGAAGCUGGUUCUUCUGGACAAGCUACUGACCAGACUUCGGGACAGGGGAAACAGAGUCCUCAUCUUCUCCCAGAUGGUGCGCAUGUUGGACAUACUGGCUGAGUACCUGGCCCUGAAGCGCUACCCAUUCCAGCGCCUGGAUGGCUCCAUAAAGGGAGAAAUACGAAAACAAGCACUUGACCACUUUAAUGCUGAAGGUUCUGAGGACUUCUGUUUCCUGCUGUCCACAAGAGCUGGAGGUUUGGGUAUCAACCUUGCCUCUGCAGACACUGUGGUCAUCUUUGACUCUGACUGGAACCCUCAGAACGACCUGCAGGCUCAGGCCAGGGCUCACAGGAUUGGCCAGAAGAAGCAGGUGAAUAUCUAUCGCUUGGUCACAAAGGGAUCUGUGGAGGAGGACAUUAUUGAGAGAGCCAAGAAGAAGAUGGUUUUGGACCAUCUUGUAAUUCAGAGAAUGGACACCACUGGUCGAACUGUAUUGGAUAACAACUCCGGAAAUUCAAACUCCAACCCAUUCAAUAAAGAUGAGCUGACUGCCAUUCUGAAGUUUGGAGCUGAAGAUCUGUUCAAAGAGGCAGAAGGAGAGGAGACUGAACCUACGGAGAUGGAUAUUGAUGAGAUCUUGCGGUUGGCUGAAACCAGAGAAAGUGACCAGGGAUCAAGUGCCACAGAUGAGCUUCUCUCUCAGUUCAAGGUGGCCAACUUCUCCAACAUGGAGGAGAGUGCUCCAGAGAUGGUGGAGCGAAUGGUGCCUGACUGGGACGACAUCAUCCCGGAGGACCAGCGGCGGAGGCUGGAGGAGGAGCAGAAGCAGAAGGAGAUGGAGGACAUCUACAUGCUGCCUAGAAGCAGGAGCUCCAAUAAGAGGGCCCAAGCCAACGACAGUGACAGUGACGUUGGCUCCAAGCUGAAGCACCGCUCCUCGGGCUCCGAGAGCGAGACAGACGACAGCGGCGAUGACAAGAAGCCAAAGAGGAGAGGCAGGCCCAGAGCCCGCAAGAACAACGUGGAGGGUUUUACUGAUGCAGAGAUCCGCAGGUUCAUCAAGGCUUAUAAGAAAUUUGGAGCUCCGCUUGAAAGGCUGGAGGGCAUUGCCCGGGACUCAGAGCUGGUGGACAAAUCCCAGGCAGACCUGAAGAGACUGGGCGAGCUGAUCCAUAGCAGCUGUGUGACGGCUGUCCAAGAGCAUGAAGAGCACCUCAGAGAGAAUCCCAGUGAAGCCAAAGGCCCUGGGAAGCGCAGAGGUAUUAACAUCAAGAUCUCAGGAGUGCAGGUCAAUGCCAAGUCCAUCAUUCAGCACGAGGAGGAGUUUGAGCCACUGCACAAAGCUGUGCCAGCUAAUCCUACUGAGAGAAACCAAUUCCAACUGACCUGCAGAGUGAAGGUGCCUCACUUUGACGUGGACUGGGAUCUGCAGGAUGACACUCAACUGUUGCUGGGGGUCUAUGAGCAUGGCUACGGAAACUGGGAUCUGAUGAAGACCGACCCCGAUCUCAAACUCGCAGACAAGAUUCUCCCAGAUGACCCAGAGAAGAAACCUCAAGGGAAGCAGUUGCAGGCCAGAUCAGACUACCUUCUGAAGAUGCUGAAGAAAGAAGCGGACUGUAAAGAUGUUACUAAGGAGGAGGCCAAAGUGAAGAAGAGGAAGCCUCGGGUGAAGAAAGAGAACAAGGCCCCUAAAGAUGAACAGGGCAAUGACAUCUCCUCCCCCCGCAUGUCAGACAACCCUUCAGAGGAAGGGGAGGUGAGGGAUGACGGGAAUGAAAAAACUCCCGCAAAGAAGAGGCAGAAGAAAAAGGAUAACAAAGAGAACAAAGAAAAACACGGAACUCCUAAAAAAGAGAAGGACGCGGACAAAGACAAAAAACGUCCGAAGCCAAAAAAAGAAAAGGCAAAAGGAGCAAAAGGGAAGAAGCCCCAGGGGCCGGUCCACAUUACUGCUGGGAGUGACCCUGUUCCCAUCGGAGAGGAGGACGAUGAGCUGGACCAAGAGAACUUCAGCAUAUGUAAGGAGCGCAUGAGGCCGGUGAAGAAGGCCCUAAAACAGCUGGAUAAGCCUGAUGAGGGCCUGUCUGUUCAGGAGCAGCUCCAACACACACGUACCUGCCUGCUGAAGAUAGGAGACCGCAUCACUGAGUGCCUUAAAGCCUACAGCGACCCAGAGCAUGUCAAAACAUGGCGUCGGAACCUCUGGAUUUUUGUGUCUAAGUUCACAGAAUUUGGAGCGAGGAAGCUUCACAAGCUGUACAAGAUGGCUCAGAAGAAGCGGUCUCGGGAGGAGGAGAAGGAGCAUAGAAAAAAGGGGGAUGACCCAUCAGGCAGGAAAAAGACUUUCCGAGCAGAGGCGUCUGGUUCCAGUCGAGACUCCACCGGCACCCAGCCAUCGUCCAAGUCUCAUCCAGGCAUGCCCCAUCCCUCUCCAACGUCCCCCCAUGGUCCCCACAGAGAAGGCUACAACCAGUCCAACAAGCGACACUUUGGAAAUGAUGAUCGAGGAGAUUGGCAGCGAGAUCGUAAAUACAACUACCCUGGAAAUAGCAACCAACCCUGGCAAAGCGAGCGGCAUCAUCCAUAUGACGCCCAUCGGUAUAAGGACCAUCACUAUGGUGACCGUCGUCCGCGUGAAGACUCCUACCGCAGCAGCUCUAGUAGUUACCGUAGUGGCGGCAGCAGCAGCUCCCCUCGGAAGAGGCCGUAUGACCAGUAUGACAGCGACCGAGAACACAGGGACCGUCGUGCCUAUUACGACAGACAUCCAGACUCAAAGCGGAGACGUGGCGAUGACUUCCGUCCUCCCCAAGACUUCAGGGGGAGUGGAGGCCAUCCCCAAGACUUCAGGGUGAGGAUGCCAGAGCAUAGGGGGCCAGCAGGGCCAGAACACUUCACCCGGCCCUAUCCAGACAACAAACCCCCCCCCCUGUUGGACCCACGCUCCCCACAGGCGCAGAAGUCCCCCCAGGACUCGCGCUCGCCAACUGCAGAGCGAACUGCAGAGCAGAAAGCAGCUGCGGCUGAUUUAAACUGGAACAACAGGAAGACAUGAGGACUGUCGCUGAAGGACAAUGUGAGUGUAUUUUGUUCAGGUGAUGAACACAGUGUGAACUCCACAUGCUGCUGAAGGAUAGGUCUGGGCUGGCUAGACUCACUGGUUUGCUUGGCCUGACACCCUCAGUCGCAAAUACUCUUGUUUACCAGCAAACACCAAACUCCAACCCCCUCCUAUGGGUGUGACUGUGGUAGUGAACUGUCUGUGCCCAUAUUGAAAUCUAUUACAGAUGGGUUUUUUUUUUUUUUUUUAGAUGAAAUGACAGGUGAUCAGUCAGUGUUAGUGGUGAGUCUGUAAAAUGCCUGUGGAUCACUAGUCCCAUGGACUAUUAUCUGGGGAAAGCUUACAAUGCCUAAAAGGUUGAUGUUGACUGAUCUUGGAACAUAAAAGUGCCUACAGUAUUUGGCCUUUUUGACUGUUAGAGGUAUGGGAUUAUUCCCAAAGGAACCAUGACUUUGAUUUUCUUUUUUGUGUUUAGCUUUAUGCCAUUAUGAUGUCCAUAGGAAAUGUUUCUGUAAAAAUGUUAUAUUUAUCAUGUCACCCUCACCUUCAAAUGUUUAUGAAUCUUAAUGUUGAUAUGGUCAUGCAACUAUCAUCAUUUCAUAAGAGAUGCACCUUCUUCCCCAAAUCCAAAUGGGAGUGCAUCCGUAUGUCUAAAUUGAAGUGGAGAAUAGUAAGUUAGUCAGCUUGCCAGUACCUAGUCCUCAGAAUGACUAUUUAAAAGGUUUUAAUGAGCAUUUCUCAUUACUGUUGAUAAUCAUUCUUCUGAAAAGACAUUCAUCAUUGCAAGUUUCUUUAAGUUGAUAAAAACCACUUACUCGCUGAUAAGUUAAGGACAACUUUCUAAGCAGUAUUUAAGGUAAUUCAUUGUGCAAAGGUUCAGAAGAACACUAUGACUAUGUUUAAGCUAUCCCUAAUAACAUUUUAUUUGUAGAUGUGCAAAGAAUGAAGCUAUUUCAACCAUAUUUCUGUGUCUUAUGUAUGAAUGGUACUUUUGCAUCUUACAUUGCACUAGAAGUACUGCACUCUACCGCUUUAUUCCACCCAUAAAAGUAUUGAACGAUGUUUGAGAAGACUGGAAAUCAUUUUCUCUUUCUCUAAAGUUAAAAGAUUGCUGUCGCUGGGAAUCAAACAAUGUAACUAACUUCUGGUAAAUUUUCAAAGGGACAUUUGAGUGUUUACGGAUGUGGUUGAUGACAAGCUGUUAUUGGUCAAUCUGGUUCAGUGCCAAACCAGAGACUGGCCCUGCUCUGGUUCUUAUGAUUUCUGGUGUUUUGGUGUGCUUCUCCAUUUGUGCCUUAUUUUUGUGUAUAUUUUCAUACUGUAUAUGGGUUCAUGUACAUUAGUGUACUACAGCAAUGAUGCAGUAUUAAACAGUCAUGGUUUGAGACUUUUCUCAAUGGAUGAUUUGUGGAAUGCUUGUUAAGUGAAGACUGGAGGUGGGAACAAAUUGUUUAGUUUCAUGUUCUUCUGUAACUCCCCACAAGUUAUUGGGAAAAGGAUAAACAGCAUUACACAGGUGAAUCUGUGUAUGUCCUCUGUGGGUAGGUCUGUUACAAGGAAUAGCCAACCAACACCGCCUUCCUUCUCUCCACGCUACAGUCCCUGGACCUGUCCUCUUGAAAACAAGCCGAAAUAAUUUAUAUUUGUGAAAGCCACUCUUCACAUGAAAUGUACUGUAAAAAUGUUAAUAGACAUGUAUUAAACUUUCCUACAUUAUGAAAA